AUGGUUGUCUUCGAAGAAUACUUCCCAUCUGAGAAAGAAAUCAUCCAAAAAUAUGCAGAACGACAGAGGAAACUUGAAGAAGUAUCGAUGACACUAAGAAAAUCAGAAAUAUCAUCAAAUGACAGUCCAAAAUUAUUAAUUCCAAGAAAGUCAAGCAUUAGUAUGAUCCUGUCUGAAAUUCAUCGUGAUACUGAAGAUAAGUUGAAGCAGUCAAGCGAUGUUGAUGCUAAAAUCGAGAAGAUCCAUAAAAUGAUUGAGAAUGUUGACAGCAUCAACUUUAUAAUGGAACCUAACAAGGAAGCAGCUAUUUUAGAUGGAAGUGGAGAUGUUAAUGAAGUUGCUGGAUCUAUAAUUAAUGAAACUGCUGCUUCAACGUCUCACGAACUAGAUGAAAACUCUUCAAUAUCUGAUUUGAGCCCUAAACGUGUCAUUCGACUUAAACAUAAUGAUUCAUCACUGGAACUUCCAGACUAUAAACCACCGCAAAUCAAGCCAACAAAAGCAUCAAUUUUAAAGUCAAAAUUCAACUCUGAAAAAUCUCAAAAGAAUCCAGCAACAAUUUCUAGAAGCUUUAAAAGCAGAUCUGUAGCUGAACCACUUUCAAAAACUCCCAGAGCCAUGUCAUUUGCUAAAGUUGAGCCUCCAAAAAGAAUUGACAGCAAAAAACCAACUCAAUCUGUUCGCAAAAUCCUCGAUGAUGCCAAAGAGAAGCACAAAGCUAAAAAUUCAAUCAAGUCGAAUGUUCCAGUCAAUGUUUUGGAUUUGUUCCUGGUUUAA